UGUGGAAACCAAGAUGAAACCACUAGGUACACGAUUAUAAAGGCAUCUGAAACUUCAUGGUUUCCAAGCACAAGAUCAUGCCCACUCCUCAAUCAAAUCCAUAUACAAAUACAUAGAUAAUAUACCAUUUUUAAAAUCAUGUUUGUUUUUUGCUUUUUUUUCUUUCUUCUAUUUUUCGUGAAGAAAGUUCUUUAUUCCAAAUUAGCAUUGAGCAGAGUUCAAAGAUCCAAGUCGAAGAUCAUAGUUACAAAGAUGGAGCAUUUACCACAAGAAGUAGUAUCCAACAUUCUAUCAAGGUUGCCAUCAAGAGAAUUGUUGAAAUGCAAGUUUGUUUGCAAAUCCUGGUUCAAUUUCAUAACUGAUCCUCAUUUUAUUUCCAAUUACUAUGUUUUUUAUAACAAUCUUAUUUACUCUCAAAACCAAGAGGAGAAUCUCUUGGUUAUUCGCCGGCCAUUUAUUUCCGGCAUAAAAACUUACAUUUCUCUUCUUUCUUGGAGUUUUAAUGAUCCCAAAACACAUGUUUCUUCUUCUCUUUUAAACCUUCCCGAUGGAUACGAUUCAGAUCACAAAUAUUGGACUGAAAUCAUGGGUCCAUGUAAUGGCAUUUACUUUCUUCAAGGAAAUCCAAAUCUCAUGAUGAACCCUUCUUUGAGACAGUUCAAGGCUUUGCCUGAAUCUCAUUUGACAGAUUUAAAUCUCAAUUAUUCUCUCACUGAUUUUGCUGGAUUUGGGCUCGACCCGAAAACUAAUGACUAUAAAGUUGUUGUGCUAAGAGACAUUUGGCUAAAGAAAACAGAUGAAAGACAAAAAGGGCAUUGGACAGCUGAGUUAUAUAGUCUUAAUUCUAACUCUUGGAGAAAGCUUGAAAAUGCAGCUCUUCCUCUUCCUAUUGAAAUUUCAGGUUCAUCGUCUCGGGUUUAUACUUAUGUCAACUAUUGUACUCAUUGGUGGGGUUAUGUUGAUAAAUAUGGUAAUAUAGAAGAUGUUGUUUUAGCAUUCAACAUGGUUGACGAAUCCUUUAGAAAGAUAAAAGUGCCCAAAAUAGGCUAUUCUCGUUCUUCAGGCGAAUGCUUUAAAACCCUUGCACCAUUAAACGAAACGAAUACUAUUGGUGCUAUUGUUUACCCUGUAAGAGGAAAUGAGAAAUGCUUUGAUGUUUGGGUAAUGAAGGAUUAUUGGGAUGAAGGUUCUUGGAUAAAGCAAUACAGUGUUGGACCUGUGCCAAUGAUUUCCAAGUUUAUUGGAUUUUAUGGGAGCAGUGGAUUUCUUUUCAAAGAUAAAAAUGAAAAGUUGGUAUUUUAUGAACCUGAGUAUGAAAAUAUAAAGGAUCUUCAGGUUUGUGGAAAGCAUGAUUCUAUAAGAGCUGUUAGAUAUAUGGAAAGUCUUGUUUUGCUUCAAAGGGGAAAGGAAAGUAGUCAGCACUGUUUUUCUUGUAGGUUAGUUCCAGAUCAUAUACUGAAUCAAAAUGAGUAAUUUUCCAUUCUUUUAUUUUUAAUUAGUGGGUUGUAAACACUUAACCAUGGUCUUAGGUAUAUGUUGUUGUAUGCAAGGUGUUUUUUUUUCUGUAAAUGUGACAUCAAUUUGUGCUGCAACAUUAUGGUUUUUGACGCCGACACGUUGUAAAAACAAUAAACAUGAUUGAACUCUGACUAAGAAAGAUUUUUAUGUGGA